UCAGCCUUGUGGAUUAUAUCUCGAACGUCUUCAGCAUGAUUGAAAUUCCCUCACAACGCCACAACGCUCUAUUCAAGGCCCGAGUAGUGCGGAAUAACCUACAAUGGAGGUUGCAACAAGUCCUGUUGCGGUGUCGCAGCCAACCUUGCCAUCCUCAAGGGAGGUGCGGCGAAGGAGGGACUCAUCGCCAGCCGCCGAACAUGUACCAACUGCAGAAGUUAAUGGUCUUAUUUUCACAUGGGAACGCUCAUGGGAACACGGACGAAAUCUCCGUGUAUCGACACGUUCUCUUUCAGAUAGCUUGGACAUGACCGAUUGUUCCGAGAGCUUCGAGAUGUCCAAUCAUUCCGAGAGCAAUGAUUCCAUGGUCCCCGCCUUCACCCAUCAAUCACCCGCUGGUUCCGUUCGUGAACCUUCCCUUCACAAUUUCUCUGAAGCUUCACCUACCGAAACGAGUAUCAGCUCAGGGCUUGUCAGUCGCUUCUCCGGCGUGCCAUUGCUGGACGAUGUAAAUGGUGUCUUAGAAACACCAGCAGAAGCACCUAGAAGACCUGUCUACGAAUGUACCUUUUGGUUUCUAUAUUGUUCAUACGUCACACAAGAUGAAGACGAUUGGAAUGUACAUUGCCUUUCUCAUUUUCGAGGCGAGGAACCACCUACAUCAGUUCAAUGCCCGCUGUGUGAUUUCAGUAAUACGAGCGUCACGGGCUGGCUUGCAUGGGAGUUUCAUAUGAAACAUAUAUCAGAGACGCAUGUUAUGAUUGGGCAGACUCUUAAAAUAUCAAGACCAGACUUUUCUCUAUAUCGGCACCUCUGGCAAAAGCAGCUGAUCGAUGACCAAGAUCUCAGAGAACUUCGUGGCGGGAACCAUUGUUUGACUCGGCCACCGUUAAGUUAUACCAUUGCUACAAAGCGGCGCUCUUCUAGACAGCGAAGACGACGUGGUACUGCCUCUAGACCUUCCGCGGAUCGUAUGAUCGUUCACCCAGACUAUUGGACUCCGCGGCAUACCCCUAGCAAUAGUGGAUCAGAAGACAAUGAUGGUCUCAGCCAAGUGCAACUCGAGAGAAUAGUGUCCCUUGAGUCCGAUCCUGAUGUUCCUAAUCCUGCGCCUGACGGAAGCACCAUGGCGCCCACAGAUACCCACUUCGAUUCUGGCUACCACUCCGUGACAGACACUGGGGCAAAAGCAACUUCCGAAAUCGACGACACGAUGUCAAUAAGAUCCAUACUCACUAAUGCAUCUCGAGUGGAUCUUCCAGCUCACGAAAGAGAACAACUUACGUCUGCAUUUGCAGUAGACUUGUGCCAGGACAUGAAGCUCAGCCGCUACAGCGACGAUGCCCGUGAACGGAUACUUAGUCGGCUUCCCGAUCUUUUGAAGGGAUUUACGUUAAGGUUGGAAGAAAGUACGACCUGUAAAGCGGAGCGCAACGCGAAGGAGUUCCUCAGACAACAACGCAAUCGUAUCACACAUCAAUUGCGCAAGAGCCAAUCCCCAGAAGAGCCAGCCGAAGAUGAUAGCCAAACUCUUACGUCGAAAGGCGGAAUGUCUGUGAUGGAAAAGAUGGCACUAUGGAAAAUUGACGUGGAGUCUGACCCAUCAUCAGAGCGUGCGACAAACAAUCAACUCUACGAAUUCGAGAGACCGCCGCGAUAUGAAGAAGUCCGUUCAUAUCUGCUUGAAGGACUUGCCUACGAGUGGUUGAUCAAGAGGGUUCAGACUGCAGGACUUUUAACCGACAGGAAAGGGACAACUGUCGAGACGAUUGCAGAAACAAUGAAUACCAUACUUGCCUCGACGGUGACUCCGAAAUCACGGGAAAAUCACGUCAUACAGGUACACUUCUCCCUUGAUUGGGAUCUUCUAUACUUUUUAAAGGAGCAGGAGUAUGGAGUCUCUCCCGAAAUUGCUAUUGAACGCGCUAUCACAAUCACAGGAGCUCACGAUGAUGCUCAAGCAUUGAGUUGUGUGGACUAUAUGUGGCAAACUUGGGAGUCAAUUGGCCAAGAAAUGAUAGAGGUUCUGAAAAACACUUUGAUGUCUCCAAUCCACACCUAUUCAACUUGUCUCACCGAUGGAACCACAAUCGAAGUCACUCUUGAAUCAUCGCGAACAAAGAUUAUGGCGUGCGGAGGCCAGGCGACUUUGGUGGAGCUUUGCGAGCAGUUUGCCUGGCUUGGAGCUGCACUCCGUUCCGGCCCUUCAGUUGGACAACAUUCGGUGACACCUCGAGUCAAAGCUAUGAAGAAUGACAUAUCUGUGAGUAAUACUCCCAGUAUAACGGUCGAGAUAGUAUUCGAGGUCGUGCCAAUUCCAAAGGAAGUGUCUGCUAGCCUAGAAGGCACUUGUUGGCAUGCCAUGUUCAGCGCCCCGAUGGUUGUCACCGGCUUCCCAAUACGUUCUCGUGAUAUGGAUGAGAGAGGAUUGGAGAUCUCAUUAGACAUGAUUAUCACACUCGCUGAAACACAGUUUGCGACUCACUACGACGCGAUGUUGCUUUUGAAGGGGUUCCAUACGAUGCUUGUCCCCACGAUGUAUAGGAUAGAUUCCAUCACAUGGCACUUUCUGUUUACCACUGAAAGAAGAAUACCCUACCAUCAUUUCCGGAAAUACUGCAGAGACUGUGUCAGUACCAGAUCGUUCAACGUCGAUACACUGGAGUCUCAAACAAUCCGCCAUUUCGUUGGCUGGGCCUCUGAAACAUCAAAACAUUUGGGCACAGAAGAUAUAUCCUAUGAGAAGAUACGCUGGGCUGGAGCAAAGAAAUGCAGCGCUGGCCUAGCUGUCGAACAGAAGCUCACUAUUUCCGCAAGCAAGAUCGUUGGUGUAAGUGGCAGUGUACUCCGAGGUAACAGAGACAAGCCAGAUUAUAUCAAACAUUCUGCGUACACUAUGCAGAUCGAGGCUGCUCGCAACAUGCCUGUAGUACUCUAUGAUACAGGGUCGCAACGUGGGUGGUUGGUGGAUGGGGCCAGCGCUUUAUUGCACCUUGUACGGACCCAGGUCGCGACAAAGCCCUACGGUGGGUCCGAUUCACUAUUCAACGAUUCCAAUGUCAACAUUGUACCGUUCAGACACCCAAAAUCCGAUGGAGGCCCAGAUGCUGCAGCAGAAAUUCUCAGAGAUGAAAACAACAUGAAGCACAUCAUACUGAGAGAAUUUGACUCUUACACUGAAGAGACUGUUACGCUGACCAAAUCUUCUGAGGCGAGAAAAGAAAAAUAUAAGACAACUUGUUUGAGAGAACUUAUCUCGCAAACCUGGAGCGUGAUAGAGCAAAUUUAUGACCGUCAAGUUGACGCCGCAACAACCCACACCGUGAAGCAAUUGCGGCUUCCCUUUCGAGUUGCAUUAGAAGGUUACGAAUUCAUGGAUAUUGUUUCAGCAAAACACAUCCUCAGACGACGGGCCAUUGGCUUCGAAUCGAACGGAUCGGCCUGGAUCGACUUUACCACGAAAACUCAAGCAAUUACGCUGUUCGGUCAAAACUUCGGUGACAUAUACAAGCCGGCGCCGGGUAUUCAAAGACAGAUCUGCAAAGACUGGACAUUAGUCCCGCCAGGACAUGAGUUUCUUACAAUCCCUGUCUCUCUUCUAAGAGAUAUCAAACAACGUCUUUGGGAGGACGGCGAAGUUGACGCUAGUUCCUCAGAACUAGCUCAGGGCCUCUUCUGGAUGCCUUCAGAGCCUUGUUUCAGCAUCUGUGGGCCUGGUUGUAAACACAUACUGCCUGGACGCGUGCAACGUUUCCUUGCUUCUAUUUCAAAUAAGACUGUCAUGUCUGGGGACGGCUCAUGGAGCGAUCGCAUGUUCACACACAAGCAGGGUGUCGUGAUAUUUGGCAGCAGCAGCAACCUAGAUCCCCGAAAGCUGGAGCACUUCUCACGGCUUAUAGUGCCAGUAGAGGAUAGCUUUCACGACAGUGGCCUCGGCUCAAGUGUGCAGUCUGCGUCCCGUGACAGUUCUCACGAGGAGCAAGCUAGCGGCAGGGAUCGGGAAUCAGAGCUGGUUAGGGACAAUACCAGUCAUGUGGACAUUAACUGUCAGGAUACAGAGGACACAGGUGCUGGAGCGCAAUCGCCCGCAGAGGCCGACGAUGUUACACAACGCCAGAGUCAGCCUACACUCGGCAACCAAACAUCAAAGGCGCCCCCAAAAGAGAUGCGGAAACCAGAAAGCAGCCUUCUUAGAAAGCUUGCGAAGAAGGUAUUUUCACGGUCUCCAAAGCGGGCUAUGUAGGCAUUUUUAGAAUUCUCAAAAUCG